AUGUCGGUUCCAUGGAAUGUCACGGUGUCCUGUCAAACAGACAAAAGCGGACCAAGUAAACCACGGGGUAGGAAACAGCACAGGUCAUCAGCUGCCGUGAUCGCCGAAUUCAUAGAAAAAUGCGACCAAGAGGACAUCCAGAAGAUGUACGACGAUUUCGAUGAUUCGUCAGAUGACGAGGAGGAUAUUUAUGAAAACAUAAAACUUCAGAAGGGUGUCAUUGAAAGUGUUCGGUUUCAGCCUUGGAGAAUGGCGAAGAAGUUCAGACUCAUCAGUUUUGCAAAAUCAUAUGUGGAGAAACAUGAAGGCCAGUUGUCGAGAGGUCGAGGGUACCAGGAAAAGGGCGCUCGGGCCUGGAGACAGUUUAGGCGCCUGGUUUACCGACACGAUGGCUUUUCUGACACCCUGGGAGGUGAGGGUGAAAGCGAUCGAAAUUAUCGAGGCCAUUUCGGGACAGUGGUGGCAUCCUACUUCCUGUUCCUGAGGUGGCUUAUCUGGAUCAACGUCUGUCUCAUGCUUCUCCAAGUCUGUUUCGUCAUUGUUCCGGAGCUGAUCGUGGGAAAUGCUCACGGAAGUCUUGGGCGUAAAUCCGUUCCCGUGUCAGAGCUGGAGACAUCACAAGAUCUAGAAACCAUCUGGGACGCCGAGGGGAUAGUGAAGUACUCCGCGAUGUUCUAUGGCUACUACGGCAGUGAGCGAGUGAUCGGCCGAGGUUACAGACUACCCUUGGCUUACCUUGUCACCGGCUUUACUACCUUCGCCAUCAGCUUCAUCGUGGUCCUCAGAAAAAUGGCGUCCAAUUCCCGACUGAGUCGGCUAUCAAAUGAGGACGAGCAGUUUACCUUCUCUUGGCGUCUGUUCUGUAGCUGGGACUUCACCAUAGGAAACACGGAGACAGCCAACACCAAGACAGCAUCCAUAGUGACAACCUUCCGGGAAGCUAUACUAGAAGAAAAGGAGAAAGAAAAAGACGUUAACAAGUAUAGGUUGAUGGUGCUGCGGGUCCUUGCCAACGUGUGUGUAUUGCUAAUGCUAGGAGCCAGUACCUACGCUAUACAGCUCUGUGUGGAGAGGUCCCGCCAGCUUGACAUCCGUAAACGUCGCGGUCAAGUCGUCACGGGAUUCUGGCAGGAAAACGAGCUUACACUAGUGAUGACCAUUAUCUCGACGAUCUUUCCCAACAUCUUCGACUUGUUUGCUGUCUUGGAAAAGUAUCAUCCCCGAGUUACUCUCCGAUGGCAAUUAGCCAGGAUCUUUGCUCUGAACCUCUUAAAUCUGUACACACUAUUUAUAGCACUGUUCUGGAAACAACAGGAUAUGAAAAAAGAACUUGAAGAAAAACUAAUCAACAGUACGAGCUGUGAACAAACCACGUCCAUCCUUCCAGUAAAUAUCACCACGCAGUCAACGGUAUUCGUCAACAACUUCACCUCACCCCUGUCGACCGUUGACGCCACUCUUUGUAGUGGCACGGUGUCUGAGGAAAUGGCCGCGGAUCUGUGUUGGGAGACAAUGAUAGGACAGGAAGUAGUGAAACUGACGUUGAUGGAUCUGAUAGUAGUGGUAGGUCAGAUCAUCGUACAGGACUUCAUACGGGGACUUUUUGUCCGCUACUGCAACGCUAUGUGCUGCUGGGACAUGGAAAAACAGUUCCCGGAAUACGCCGAUUUCAAGACUGCUGAAAAUCUACUCCAUCUUGUGAAUAACCAGGGAGUUGUUUGGUUGGGACUAUUUUUCGCUCCUGGUCUUGCCGUUCUUAAUCUGCUGAAGUUGCUCGUGUUAGUGUAUGUGAGGAGCUGGUCUGUCAUGGUCUGUAACGUUCCCCAGGAGGCCAUUUUCCGGUCGUCACGCUCCAAUAAUUUCUACUAUGCCUUGCUGUUGGUGAUGUUGUUUCUCACUAUGCUGCCUCCUCUGUUUGCCAUUGUGGCUUUGGUUCCGUCUCCGCACUGUGGACCGUUCAGCGGCCAGCAACAGAUAUUACGUACACUGACGGAUACGAUUGAACAGGAUCUGCCCAGUGUGGCAGGAGUGAUCCUGGCAUACACCUCAUCUCCCGUCGUCAUCCUCCCGCUUUUUCUGCUGUUCGGAAUGCUUAUAUAUUAUCUGACGGUUGUGAGCCAGUCUCUCAGAGACGCCAACAAGCAGCUCCGUGUAGCGCUGGAAUAUGAGCGGACCGAGGGGAAGAGAAAGAUAUAUGCAAUGGCGGACGCAACAUGGGCACUGAAGUCGGGCGGUCAGUCAACCAAUAACACACGUGAGGCAGGAGGGCGAGGGGGUCCGAAGAUGGGACCAAAGAGGAAGCAAAGGGGGCUAGGCGAUGCCGCAAUGUCCAUGCUGGCUGCAACAAGGGUGGCAAAGAUAUUAUCUGCUGGUCCAAAGUCUAAGAUAGGACCCUCAAGUACUGGGCCCGCUUUAAAACCGCCAAAGAGAUGGAACACUGGAACUGGAUCUAGUAAAAUUCCAAAAGCUGAAGAAAAAAAGAUGGGCUCACUGUUGACUAUAUCAGGCUCAAUGGAAGACUCCAGUCGUCCCGAGCGAAGAAAAACGACAACAGAUGUGGUCAAAACAACGAGACCGAGAACUGCAUCAGAGGAAGCCAAGCCAACAAAGGCACAAAAUGCAGCACGAAGGAAAACUCAAGUAGCCAUUGUUCAGGCAACACAGAAAUUCCGGAAAGCUACAUGGAAGGACAGCAAAGAAAUCAGUGAGAGACCACACACAACACGAGUCCUUCAGAUUAACGACAUUGUACCGAUCAUGGAGGAAGAAGCACCAGAAACAAGAACCACGGAAUAUGCGCAUGACGAUACUAUUGAUGCGGCACCAGAGGAAGACACAGAAACCAACGUAAUUCAGAGGAGGUACAAAUUCGGUUUACUGAAGAGCAGGAAACCACUGCUCAAACCGGAAGUGACUAUUCGGAGAAAACAAACGCAUAACAAAUACCAAGAAUCGCCUCCGUACAACGAGCUAACCAGACGCCAUGCAACUCCUGAUAGACUUGAUCUCCGGGAAUCCAAUACGACGUCAGAACCCACAGACCUUUCUGGUCGUCACUAUGACGACACUCCCCACAGUCGUUUGGACGCCAGUGUCGUUGUUCAUUCUCGGAACACAGACCCAGCCUAUUGUGACUAUUGAGAGAUAAAAAACAAUCUUUGUAUUGUAUCACUCAAUAGUAAAAUCGACGAU